GGUUGCGCUGCCGUUGGCUGUCUUGUCUCUGGAUGGAAUGGAACGGAACUGCUUCGUCACCGCCAGGCCGAGGUGGUGUACCUCGGGAUGCUCAGCCACCCGCACCUGGUCGAGCUGGUGGGCUUCUGCAACCAGGACGACCACCGGAUGCUGGUGUACGAGUACAUGCCCAGGCAAAGCCUCGAGAACCACCUUUUCAAGAAUCUCCUUGCGUCCCUGCCAUGGUCGACGCGGCUCAAGAUCGCCGUCGGCGCCGCCAAGGGCCUGGCGUUCCUGCACGAGGCCGAGACGCCCGUCAUCUACCGCGACUUCAAGGCCUCCAAUAUUCUUCUCGACUCGGUAAAAGCAAGCCUCACCAAGUCCAAUCCAUCUCAGCAUCAAAUUACACGCCAACCGUGCUAAUUGCUCGCACGUUGUCAACCGUGCCGAGUCGAAGCCUUUGCUUCUUAAGAAUUCUCGUCCAGGAACAGUAGACGAAUCGUGCCUGAUCGACUGACCUCAAGUUCGUUCCAGGACUACACUGCGAAGCUGUCCGACUUCGGGCUGGCGAAGGAGGGGCCGCAGGGGGACGCGACGCACGUGACGACGCGGGUGAUGGGCACGCACGGGUACGCGGCGCCGGAGUACAUCCUGACGGGCCACCUGACGGCGCGGAGCGACGUGUACAGCUUCGGCGUGGUGCUGCUGGAGCUGCUCACGGGCCGCCGCUCCGUGGACAAGAGCCGGCGCGGGCGCGAGCAGAGCCUCGUGGACUGGGCGCGCCCCUACCUCCGCCGCGCCGACCGGCUGCACCGCUUCAUGGACCCCGGCCUGGAGGCGCAGUACUCGCCGCGCGCCGCGG